GGUGUGGCAGUUCACAGCUCGAGCCUCGAAGUCGGAUUUUACUUUCAGCCUCGUUAACUUUGAUUAUUUAAAUUGGGACUUUGGAAUCGUAUAAAAAUUUGUUCGCUCAAUGAAUGGUCGGAUUUAAGCUCAGUGUUCGUCCGGAAUUCCACUUUCGAAUCAUUUCGACCGACCGAUUCCGAAAAAUUCGACCUUCAAAUUCAAAACUACAUUUUGCCGUGCUCGUUUCGUGAGUCAUUUGGCAAAAGCUUGUAAUACAUACACACAAUAAUAGAUUGUGUCUACAUUGGUGCACUCGUUUGUAUCGACCGACUAUCAGAGUAGUUGUUAUAAUAAGAAACACUCUUCGUAAUAUUACCACUCGAUCGUCGCUUCUUUGAUAAUGAUAACAACCAUUACCAGCAGUGCCUCCUCAAGAUAAUCAAACAGGCCUCAUUUGCGCCGAUGAUUCCUGAAGAAGCGCUGGCAGGGUCGUCGGGAGGCUCCAACAAGUUGUCUGUGAGGGACGAAGAUUCUUCAGCCAUUCUGGCGUCCAUCGACACACCUAGUUUGUCCAUCUUCAGCAGAAUGCCAAACAUCUCUCUGGACGACGACCUCAUGUCCCUGCCGAUCGAGGACUCUGACCAGCACCAGCUGCUCAACAACCUGCCUGAUGUCACUUGCAAUCUGUCCCUGCAGCCUGAGGUUGAUCUUGAGCAGAGUUUUCUCCUCAUUGAUGGCAAGGAGCACCUUAAGGUUAGCACUUCCGACCAGUUCGCAAGUCGCUUAGGCUGCGAACCUUCGACUAGGGUGAAGGUGGUGUCUGUUUUUGGCAACACUGGUGAUGGAAAGUCGCACACGCUCAACCGGUUGUUCUUUGAAGGACGCGAGGUGCUGCCUGAGUCGAGUCAGCCGGAUCCAUGCACCAUGGGUGUGCGGGCAGCCUUCUGCCCUGCUGAAAGGGUCAUCUGCCUGGACACAGAGGGCCUGCUGGGCGCCACCAACUCUGAGCACCAACGCACCCGCCUCCUGCUCAAGGUGCUGGCUGUUUCUGACCUCGUGCUCUACCGUACCCGCUCCGAGCGCCUCCACAGGGACCUCUUCACCUUCCUGGGCACCGCCUCCAAGGCCUACCUUAAGCACUUUGCCGACGCCCUUAACAAACUAGAAACCGACUUGAACCAAUCUUGCUCAACCUCCAGUCAGGACUCUGUGUGCAAUUUGGGUCCGGCGGUGCUCAUUUUCCAUGAGACGAGACACACUGAGCCGCUCAAGGCCACCGAUGAUGAAAACAACAGUCCCGAGGAGCAGCUGCGAAAACGCUUCAGUCAGCUUGGACUCGACCUCAACGCUUUCAGUUCACUUAGAUACGUUGGUGUGCAGUGCGUAGACGGAGUAACAAAUUUUGGUCUUGUGAAGACUGCUGUGCAGCAAGAGCUUUCGAGCACUGCUGUGCGUUCGGCCCGAGCUAGCAAAUUGGUGUUGGGUGCGCUGAGGGUGUUGAACGACAAGUUCAGUGGGCGGCUGCAGGACGACGGCCGGACGGCGGUGCUGCCGGCCGAGUACUUCAGUUGCGCCGCUUCGUGUGCCUCUUGCGGCGAGCGCUGCGAACUGAGCAUGGGCCACCUGAAGGACGGCGACCCACACGCCUGCGUCUCCCUGUGCACCUUUCAGAGCCAGUUCCGCAACUGCGAGUACCUGUGCACUGCCUGCUACAACAACGGACACCGCCAGGUUGUGGUGCCCAAGAUGGCCGCUGCCAACGAACAGGCCUCUUGGCUUGGAAUUGCUAAAUACGCGUGGUCAGGGUAUGUUUUGGAGUGCAGUAGGUGCGGCGUGAUAUACCGCAGCCGGCAAUACUGGUAUGGUAACAAGGAGCCUGAGCAGGGCGUAGUGCGUGGUGAGGUGGUGCACGUUUGGCGCGUCGGCGUCCUUGGCUCCACCGGACACAACACCGCGCGCCGCAUCCUUGACGGCGUAUCGCAGCUCUCGGACGCGGUAGUCGGCGUGUCCAAGGCGCCGUCUGUCGCCCUCUCAGCCUGGGUGGCAGACCAGAUUGCGCCCAAAUACUGGAGGCCUAACUCGGAGAUCUCCCACUGCCACCAGUGCGGCCUGCACUUUGACCUUGACUCAGCCAAACACCACUGCAGGGCGUGUGGCGAGGGAUUCUGUGAUGCGUGCUCGGCAUACCAAAGGGCAGUACCCGAACGUGGCUGGGGCCAAACGCCGGUGCGUGUGUGCCAGCGGUGCCGUGACUUUCGAACUACCCAACCCUCCCUGGACAACUCGCUGGAGGAGAUCAGGGCCAGGAAGUAUGGCGAGGUUGUGUUUAACACCCUGACCAACGUCGCGUCCGUUCUUGAAUAUCCUAAAGAACUUAUUAAGUCGUCAGUGCAACCUGAGUACUGGGUGCCUGACUCUGAGGUGAAGGAGUGUUAUGUUUGUCGAACACCUUUGCCGACUGCAAAGCAGAAGACGCACCACUGCCGUGAGUGCGGCCAGGGUGUGUGCCAGCCUUGCUCAGGGAACAAGCGGCCAGUGCCCUCACGCGGCUGGGAUACACCAGUCCGCGUUUGUGAUUCUUGUUUCAAGAGAGACUGACUACUUUUAAUUUGAACUAGCCCAUUUGUGAGAGUAAAUUGGUAUUUGCCCCUGCAGCCUGGGCAAUAGGAAUGACCCUGAUGCCGUGGACGUUCUGCAGCGACUUGAGGUUAAUAUUGGCACCAUGCAGGUUGGCGGGCAGCAUGAACUGCUGGCCGCCGCCCUGCUGCAGGACAAGUGCCCCACCCUGCGGCCGCAAUGACGUCGGUGAUGCCAAAACAACCGUCUGCUGGCCCGAACCGCUGCCACUAGCCAGUAUCAAGUUCUGAAAGAAAUUUUUAUGUAACAUAAUAGGACAAAGAGCAUUUGAUAAGGUACCUGGCCAGUGGUGGUCUGCGGUUUACUGGCAAGUAGGACCUGCUGGCCUCCAAUUGACGCCAAAUUGUAGCCAGGAGGGCCACCCUGAGAGGUUGCAGGACCCAAAAGGCGGAUUCCGCCACCUUUCAGCUGCUGGCCAACCUGUGUGGUCAUCCGAGGCCUCACCACUCCUCCUGGCGACACUACGGCCAGCUGAGGGACACCUCCCGAGCCACUGGCCAUAUGCAAUAUCUGUGCAGAUUUGACACCACCUAUGGAAACCAAAAUUGGAACUGUCGGUCACUAUUUGAAAAAAUUUACCAGAGGAGGUGACAAUUUGUUUCUGCUGUGAAGCGGUGAGUGAGUCGAGGGAGAUAAGUUGACCCUGAGCAUUGGCCGCUACCAGCUUGGUGACCAUCGGUUUUGUAACUGAGGCGUCGCUUGCGGACUUGACCUGGAUGGCGCCGCUCUUAUUCAUGAUCAGGGUGGGGAUCUGUGAGCCCUGCUGACCGGCCUGGCUUGUUGACUGCUUAAUGAACACAGCCUGCGGACGUUGCCCCACCAAAGUUGUGCCUCCUCUGAUUGCUGAAACAUCAAAAUUACACUUAAAAUAAAUAGAAAAUGGUUAAAACUAGUACAAAAAAUAUUCACUUUUGCAAUCAUCAAGUACAAUCUUUAGAUAUUAGAGUUAUUAACUCAUUUUAGGCUCAAA